CACUGGUUCGCACAACGUCGGCGGCGUCUUCGCCGCCUCUCUGUCCAUCUUGAAACCACCGGCCUCUCUGUCCAUCUUCCAAACAACGCUUUGUUCUCCCAAGGUCACCGUCGAUCGACGGCGUCUUCGCCGCCUCCCUCCCUCUCUAUCUCGAAACCCACCUCGUCGCCUCCUUCACCAAGUCAGGACUUGCCUUCCUCUCCAUUCGCAGAAGGUGUGGACAUUAUACAAACUGAAGGAGGGAAAUGCUCAAAACCUUCCAAAUCUGGUGUUUUGGGUUUGAUUGAGAAGGCAACGCCUACCUUAGCAGCUGCUUACUCAAUCUCAAGAGCAGUGAAGAUUCCUGUGAUGUGUUCAUCUGGACUCAGUGCACAACAAGGAAGGUUAAUCACUCCAUUCGCCCAAACCCACGAAGAAAUUUUGUUCGCCUUCUCCAAA